AUGAAGAUGCGUUGGCUAUGGUCUCUCUGCCUAUUGGCACUACUGCUGGUGGCCUGCGUCUCCUCGGCAGCACUUGCGCGCAGUAACGCCGGCCGCGGCGGAACGCUCGCUUCCUAUAAACAGGAUCUUCUGGGCUCGUCCCUGACGGAGGUCCUGUUGGACGACCUCCUCCGGAUGGAGAACGAGGCCGCGGAGGAGGAGGAGGAGCCGGGACGCGACGGGGAGGAAGAAGCCCGGGAGCGGCGAUCCCACGUCGACGGCGCUCUCGGCGCGCUGGUGGGGGCUCGCGAAAGAAAAGCGGGUUGCAAGAACUUCUUCUGGAAAACCUUCACGUCCUGCUGA